GGUCCAAGAGUCAUCGGCAGUGACCACAGACUGAACAGACCAGAGUCCAGAUACAGAGGACAAUGAGUCUCCUAAAGGAACGGAAACCAAAGAAACCACACUAUAUUCCUCGGCCCCCGGGAAAGCCCUUCAAGUACAAAUGCUUCCAGUGCCCUUUCACGUGCAACGAGAAGUCACAUCUCUUCAACCACAUGAAGUACGGUCUCUGCAAAAACUCUAUCACGUUGGUGUCAGAGCAAGAUCGCAUCCCCAAGUGUCCCAAAUCUAGUUCGCUGGACCCUAAGCAGACCCACCAGCCAGAGCCCACCUCAAAGCCAGCCGCUUCCAAGUCUCUCCCAAAUGGACUCUCCAGCUUCGAUCCAAAGUCUCAACAGGGCUCUACAAAGGAAGAUGCCAAAGAGAACCUAGAGAUGCAGGCCCGAGGGACCCACAAGGGUCCCCAGAAACCAAUCCUACAGAAAGAAGUGACACCAGAAGCCAUCCUCAGCACCCAGCUAGACAGUGGGGUCAGGCCUUCAGCAUUUGUUCCAGUCGGGGAGCACAGACUCAGGGGGCCGGAAGACACAGAGGCUCCUGAAAUGCUGGCAUUAACCAACUCCACCACCAAAGCCACCUCUUUCCAUGCCAAGUCUGCAUUCCAUACUCCUGGUUACCCCUGGAAAGCUGGCUCCCCAUUCCUGCCACCUGACUUUCCACAUAAAAUCCCAUCUACAAAGGGGUUUGGUGCUAUCUCCCCCUAUAUGCACCCUGCAAUCCCCGAGUACCCCCACCCCUUCUAUACGGAGCAUGGGCUGGCUGCCAUCUACUCCCCCUACCUCCUGACUGGGAACACGCCUGAGUGUGAGGCCACUCUGCUGUCUGUCUAUGGGUCCCAAGACCAAAGACACUUCCUGUCUCAUCCUGGACCGAUCCCCAAGCAUCUGAACACAACUCCGUCGACAUACGACCACUACAGAUUUUUCCAGCAAUACCACUCAAAUCUGCCAAUUCCUUAUGGAUUUUAUAGACCAGAGUCAGCAUUCCCCCCCUACGGUCUCCGGCUCCCACCUGUCCCUGGCAUCACGCGAGAUCAGAGCUCUCGACUGCUUGAAGAAGCAGCCCUGGCUUAUCCAGCCUCAAGUCCCUCCGAGUUAAAUCUUUCAAACUCCCACAAAAAACACACAGAGUUUGAGAAGGAAAGCCCUCUCCCUGAGGCAAAAGAUCCUUCUAAAGAUGGGCAAAGGGAUGCAGAAGAGGCCAAAAUGAGUCCCCGAGCGGGGAGCGCUGCCACGGGCUCCCCAGGGAGGCCAAGCCCCACCAAUUUCACCCAAACAAGCCAAACAUUCGAAGGCCUGUGUGAUCUCUCAAACAAAGCGGCCUCCUCGGGAACCCCGGAGAGACUCCAGCAGCCUGAACAGAGCCCCACUGCCUUCAAACCUGUUCAGAGGGGAUCAGAAAGUCCUCAGUCUCAACCUCCCGCAAGCAGAACAGAGUCUCCAAAAAGCCUUCAGGUCAUGAACAGUGACUCUCUAGCCCAGACAGGGACCAGUACCUCUCUCAUCACAGAGGCCCCACCUUCCAGCCCAGAGGACCACUCCAGGAUAAGCCCCCUCAACCUCUCAAAGAAGUUGGAGACCAACCCUGCAGCCACUUAUGGACCCAUGUACGUAGACAAUGCUCAGGCAGACGCCCUGGGCUUCUCGGGGCUGCAGGACCUGCCACUCAAUCUCUCUGUAAAGGAUCCCUGUAAUGCCUGGGCUCCUAGGCCUGUGUUCCCCAGCCCACCGCAAGGUGCUGAACCUGCUGCUGCUCUAAAGACUGAGACCAAAGGUUCCGAAGAUAGGACAAGCCCCGUGGAGACACAGGAAGACAAGGCCCACGGCAGGACGGCCCCAGAUGUGCACACGGUAGACAGCAGCGAUGAGCAAAAGCAAACCGCGGCUGUCGCUCUCUGUCAGCUGGCGGCCUACAGCCCGGGGAAAGUCCGAGUGGGCGAUGAGGAAGGCACAGCCCAGGAAUCCACCGGUCAAGAUGGGCCCACUCUCGGUUCUACGGAGAACCAGGGGGCUCAGUGUGACCUCAGACCCAAAGGACAAAAGAGGACAAGUCAAAGGGAUGCAGGAAAAUCCCAGCAAGGAACUAAAAAGCCAAGGCUGAACGACACCAUACCGAGAGUGCUCACGCUACGCAAGAGAACCCGGGUGUCCUGA